UUUCAUGCGGUUGAGUUGUGUGCAGGAAUGUAUCGUUAUGUGAAUAUUAUAUUAAUGUUACAACAUCAAGGAAACCUGUCUCUCGAAGGACGGGGUUUGUCGAACAGAAACAAAAGUCGACCAAGUUCUUACCACAAACCAUCGAACUCGUAAAAGACCCAUCGGCAUGUUUUCUAUGGGAGCCCAGAUUGUGCUUUAAUGGAUGUUAUCAAGCUCUGAAACAUUUGCGUGUUGUAUGUGGCUGCUUUUACCAGGAGUGACAAUGGAACAGACACCACAAAACCAGCCCUUCAUAAGUAACUUGCCAACUUUAUUUUAGCUAGUCUUCCAGCUCCAAUGUACAGAAAACGUUAAAAUGGGGAAAACGACGACUAUUGGUGCGAUGCCACGCUUGGUUGGGUAUAAACCGCGAAAAAGCCAGAACAUGGCUACAGGCAGCAAUUCCGCUGAUAUUGAAGCACACGAAUGUUGGCUCCACAUGCAGAAAGGCGAUGAUAUGACCAAGCUAGCGGGGCACGGCAAGAGCAGAAAGCCCCAACUCAAGAAGUUUUUUCUAGAUGAUGACCGCCUUUCAAUUACCUACAAACCGACCAAGAAAAAGCACAUCAGAUAUGAAAUCGCCCAAAUUACCGAUGUUCUGUCAGGCGAUGACGUAAAGGAAACGCUUGGUGACCUCGCCAAGAAGUAUUCGCUGGAUACGUGCAUUUCCGUCAAAUUCGGCGCAGAUCGCAGCCUCGAUCUCGUGGCCAAGUCUGUAGAUACAGCUAACCUCUGGCUGGUGGGACUGCAGACUCUUAUUAACAAUCAGAAUACGAUCGAAAAAGACAAAGUAUUAAGGCAAAAGUGGCUGAUCGACGCCUUUGAAAAAUUUGAUAAGAACAAAGAUGGUGAGCUCGGCCUGAGUGAGGUUACGAAAUUACUCAACGCGUUGAAUGUCAACAUCACGCCAAAGACAAUAAAGAAGAGAUUUAGGGAAGCCAACACUGAAGGUGAACAGGCCGGUGCGGAAGCUGCCUUGAACAAAGAAGAAUUCGCCGAGUUCUUCAAAGCCAUAGCUACCAGAGACGAAAUUGUCGAGAUCAUGAACAAAUUCGCCAGCGGAAAAGCGCACAUGAACGUGGAGGAUCUUCAAAAGUUUCUUUAUAAACAGGGGGUCAAAGAAGUGUCGAAACAAUAUUGUGACAUUAUCAUAUCUACCUACGAACCGACCGAAGAAGGUCAAAGGGACAAACAGCUUGGGAUUGACGGACUGACGAACUACCUACUGUCGAAAGAGGGAGACAUUUUCGAUACUGCUCAUGACAAGGUAUACCAGGACAUGAGGCAGCCGCUCUCACACUAUUUCAUCGCGUCCUCUCAUAACACAUACCUCAUGGAGGACCAGCUUAAAGGGCCGUCCAGCGUCGACGCCUACAUCAACGCGUUCAACAAAGGCUGCAGGUGUGUAGAGCUGGACUGCUGGGACGGGGAUAAUGGUGACCCAAUCGUUUACCACGGCCACACCCUCACCUCCAAGAUCAAGUUCAAAGACAUUAUACAAGCUGUAGCCGAACAUGCCUUCAAAGUAUCUGAUUACCCUGUGAUUUUGUCUCUGGAGAACCAUUGCAACAUUGAAAACCAGAGGAAGAUAGCGGAACAUUUGGAAAACAUCUUGGGAGACAAGCUGUUUAAAGACCCAGUGGACACUGCGCUGACGAGCCUCCCCUCCCCAGAAUCACUUAAGGGAAAAGUCCUAAUCAAGGGGAAGAAGCUGAAACCGGAGCAGGAGAUGGCAGCGGUCGAGGAGGAUGACGGGACGGUUUCGGACGAGGAUGAAGCUGCCGACAUCGAACAGGAGGAUUUGGCGGCUGCAAGGGAAGGGGAAGUUACAGACGGACCCAGUACAUCCUCUGCAUCUAGGCCAGCUAAGAAGAAGCGGUCUAACAGCUUAAGGCGAUCAUUCCGAGCGGUCGGCCGUGCGGUGUCUAAAGCUUCAAAAUCCAAAACAGCAAAAGAAUCCAAGGAAAAGAAAGUCAAGUUGGCGAAAGAGCUCUCAAGAUGCGUCAACUAUAUCAGUAGUGUUGGAUUCAAGAAUUUCGAACAUUCCAAGGAAAAUGCCAAGUUUUACCAGAUGUCUUCGUUUGUUGAGUCCAAAGUCGCCACUCUCGCGCAGAACAAGGCCGCGGGUUUUGUGGAGUACAAUACAAGACAACUGUCCCGCACAUAUCCCGCGGGUAGUCGGGUAGACUCGAGUAACUAUAACCCUCAGGUCGCGUGGAAUGUUGGCUGUCAGAUUGUUGCGUUGAAUUAUCAAACGGACGGGGAGUACAUGCACCUGAACCAGGGCCGCUUUCGUGAGAACAAGCGAGCAGGCUACGUCCUGAAGCCAGCAUACAUGCGAAAUCCCGAUAUAAAAUUCAACCCCAACAAUCCGAAGAGCUGCCCUGGGGUCAAGAAAAAGCUGCUCAUUAUUCAAGUCAUUAGCGGUCAGCAGUUACCCAAACCACAGGGUUCCAGCUCAAAAGGCGAGGUUAUCGAUCCUUAUGUCGAGGUGAAAAUAUAUGGCGUGAACAGCGACAGUGCCGAUUUCAAAACAAAAGUUAUUAAAGACAACGGUUUUAACCCUGUAUGGAAUGAAGAGAUAAAGAAGCUUCUCUACGUGCCGGAGUUAGCUAUGUUGAGGUUUUGUGUAUACGAUGAAGAUGUGGGAAAAGAUGAUUUUAUUGGGCAGUUUUCCCUUCCUAUUACAAGCCUGAGAACAGGUUACCGACACAUCCAUCUGUUGGACAUCAAGGGCGAGCCUCUGCCACACGCCUCCCUGUUUGUUCAUGUCAUGCUAGAAGAUGCGAGUGGGUUUAAAGAAACUCCAACAAGACAGGCGCAUAACAACCCUGCCUCGCCGACCAUUUCAUGAAACCCACAGAUUGACGACGAGUCUAGGAUGUUUCUUCUCUUAGAGGAUUGGUUAGAGGACUUCCCAUUGGAGGCUUUAGUUCAAGGCAGUUUAAUCUUUUAACAGUAUUCAAAUGGCGGGUUUGGUGGCAUGUCACAUUCAUUGGUCUAAACCCCAUUAGUUUUCAAGCUAGUCGCAUUCACCAGGGGUACUAGCCUAAGUUUAGUCUAGUAUUAUUAAAGAUUUGGCUUGCAUAUUGAGUUUAGUGUUCCAACCCCAUUUUUCUUUUGUGAUUUAUGUUAAUGAUAUAAGGGCACGAUAGCUAGGACACGACGUUGGGUUCUAGCCUCUGCAUUAUUUCCAUUCACACUCAUCUCACUUGUUGUUCGCCAAUUAUUGAUUUAGUUUCAUUAAACAAUGUAGUGUUUAUCAAUGAUAUAUAUCCAUACACGAAUCAUGAUAAGAAAUAAUCAUAGAUCCCUUUAUUAUUGAACAUUGAAACAUCCAUAUUACACUUCAUAUGAUGCGAAAUUAUCUUAAAUAGAUUCUCUAUAAUGUGAUAUUAUAUCACAUUAUUUUUGUACCAUUGUUAUUCAUUCAUUAAAAAGAUUAUUUAUAGUACUCAGAAACGUAGCACUCCUUGGGGGUACUUAUUUAUAUAAAUAAUUUCUAGGAUAAAAUUUCAAUAAAAAACACCAUGAAUUAUA